UUACAGAAUCAUCACUACAAACCAAACAAAAGUUGUCCUUUUUGUUAGUCGUUUUCUCCUCGUUUUGCAGUCUUUUUUUUUCCAAUUCCCAGUGCAUAAAGUGACGAUCUUUAAGGUGGGUUUUGGCUUUUACGUCAAUGGAAACCAUUUAGAUAAGGAAGUACAUUACAGGGGAAUCUGAAUCGGACCAUCGUUUUGUUUAGAGGAUUUGCACUCGAUCAUGCCGGGUCUUGAGAAUGGCGGUGCGAAAAUGGGGUCACCCGGUCAGAAUUCGGAGAAAACUGUGGCUGUUUCGUCGAUCGAAUCCAAUGCGGUCAAUGAUUCUGGCAAAUCAAAAACCUACGGCGAAUCCGUGGCUGCUUCUAACUUUGAACAAGACAAAACAGCAGAAGUUGCCAUCAAUGGCGAUGGCGACAGCAACAACUCUGAAAUGCUAAAUGGGUUUAACGAUGUCGAAAAUGGGGGUAAUGGUGAAAAUUUCAGGGAAAACAUGAGUGAUUUGGUUGAAAUUUUGUCGAAGCUUAACCCUAUGGCUGAAGAAUUUGUACCUCCUUCCCUUGCAAAUCACCACCAUGAUGAAAAUGGGUUUGCUUUUAGUACUGGCAAUUUUGCAGUGAACGCUAAUUCCGGAAACGCCAAUGGGUAUACUAAUAGAAGGAAGAGGAAUAACUCUAGCCAGGGGAAGAGAAGAUUGAAUAAUCGAACCACCUUUGCGCAGCGAGAGGAUGUGAUUAGGAAGACUGUUUAUGUAUCCGACAUCGAUCUACAGGUUACCGAGGAGCUUCUUGCAGGUCUCUUUCUGAGCUGUGGACCGGUUGUUGAUUGUCGUAUAUGCGGUGACCCUAAUUCUAUUCUCCGCUUUGCCUUCAUCGAAUUCUAUAAAGAAGAGGAUGCGAAAGCUGCUUUGAAUUUGUCUGAAACCAUCCUCGGAUAUUACCCUCUAAAGGUGAUGCCUUCCAAGACUGCAAUCGCACCAGUUAACCCGACCUUUUUACCCAGGUCUGAGGAUGAGCGUGAGAUGUGCACAAGGACCAUUUACUGUACAAACAUAGACAAUAAGAUUACUCAAGCUGAUGUCAAGCUCUUCUUUGAAUCAGUUUGUGGAGAGGUUCAACGCAUGAGGCUGUUGGGAGACUAUCGUCAUUCAACUCGCAUUGCAUUUGUUGAGUUCACAAUGGCUGAAAGUGCGAUUGCAGCCCUCAACUGCAGUGGUGUGGUUUUGGGAUCACUUCCCAUAAGGGUAAGCCCGUCUAAGACACAUGUUCGUCCCCGUGCUCCUCGCCCUGCAAUGCACUAAAUCAUCCUCGCUCGUUGCUUCCUACCGGACUGAUCAACUGCUAAUAUAUAUUUACAUAUACAUGCAAUACAUACAGCAGUACAUUCGAGGUACAUUCGGUGUUAAUGUUAUCUUGUCCCUGCAACUGAGUUGCUUACAUGAGGUUUCUUUUAGCUCGUAAACGAGGUUUCAAUCGUGGUCGGUUUCUUUUGGCUCGUAAAAGAGGUUUCAAUUGACAUGGAUAUUAAGUUAUGUUUCAUGUUACAAUGCAACUCUCUAAGGGAGGAUCACUCAUAUCUAACACCUGUUUAUGUUUUAUAGACUCUCUGCCGUUUGUCA